UCGGCCGAACAGGGUGAUCGAAACGGACAAUAUUUGCUUGGUGUUAUUUACAACGGUGGUGAAGGCGCCGCGCAAGGUACCGAUAGGGCCGUCUACUGGUGGACGAAGUUUGCAGAACAGGGCCUCCAUAUGUCCUUAGGCAACCUCAGGCGACUUGGCAAGUGGCCGUGA